GCCAAAUUAAUUUUCAAUAGCAGCUUUUUUUUGUUUUGCGGUGCCGGGCUUCUGUUUGUUCGUUCUUCUACUUGUUGGUGAAGCCCCGCUCAAUUGAUUACUUCCCGCUGCUCGAUAGAUCUACCCCAGCGUCCCCCGGUUGGCCCUCUGCGUUCGCCAAAUCAGCCCCUUAUAUGUAUCCCUCCACAACACUGAGAUUCCAUCAACAACAACACUGCUGAACGAAGCCCCUUCACCCUCGCACAACACAGCUCUACAUCGUGUGUCCCUCUCCACCGUCCUCCACAGUUACCAAGAUUCCCGUCUCUAUACGCAAACCAAGGAACUACUCUCGAUAUUCACCUUCAUCUCGGCUUACCUUUCGCCGCCCACUUCCCACCCCUCUAAGGGCGACGCAUCAUCAACUCGCCCCUUCCGUUAGCAUUGUUUGAGUCGGUUUUUUUUUUACCUAUAUGGUCCCAUACAAUUGAUUUGACCCGUCACGAAAAAAACGUUACCAACAUUCCCGUCGCUCCUUUCCACGUACCAUUUUACUUCCUUUCUUAAAGGUGCUAGGUUUUGAGCUUAAGCAGAUCCUACAGCUGUUGCUAGGUGGAUUUGAGAAUGAAGAAUUUCAGGCAGCGAGUGGGUCUCUCUCGAAAAGACCCCAAACCAAAUAAGGGGAAGAAGGACUCACAGGGAAAUUCUCCCUCCUCUUCUACUAGCCAACUAGUUCCGUCGGGUUCUGGGUCUUCCAGUUCGGGGGGGAAAGGUGGCGGGAGCGGUAGUGGUUCUGAGAAUGGAGAUAAGGCUCUAGGUCACAAACAACAAAAGGACUCCACAACUCUGACUAUGGCACCGGCCGGGUCACCCGGAGGAGCUAUCAACGCAGCGUCUCUGGCGGCGAACAUUCAGCAACAGACAAAUAAUGCGACGAGUCCAUCGGGGUCUCGGAUGAUUCCACCUUCUGUGAUAGUCAGCCCGUCCUCCGCUCCUCAUAUCCCACCCCCCGGCGCCGCUGAAACAAUGCCGGGCGAUCUGGUUCCACCCAAGGCUGGCGCAAAGGGCGUCGCUUUUGAUCGGUUACAGACCGCUCCGAAAGCGGAUCAAAUACCUGAAGGGCUUAAGACACCAAAGAGACAACAUAGUUCUCGAUUCGACGUAUCGGAGAAGAGAGAGUUGGAAAAAUUGCAAGCAUUUCAUGAGGUUCCACCACAGCGGCGACAGGAUUUGUUUUUGCAAAAACUUGAGCAGUGCAAUGUGAUUUUCGAUUUCAAUGACGCCUCCGCUGAUAUGAAAUCCAAAGAAAUCAAGCGCCUUGCUCUCCAUGAACUGCUCGACUAUGUUGCUAACAAUCGUUCUGUUAUCACGGACGCAAUGUACCCCAAAGUUGUCGAUAUGUUUGCCAAAAAUCUCUUCAGACCUAUUCCACCACCUGUGAACCCAGUUGGUGAUGCAUUUGAUCCAGAAGAAGACGAACCCGUGUUGGAAGUUGCCUGGCCUCAUAUCCAGGUGGUAUAUGAGUUCUUUUUGAGAUUCAUUGAGAGUCAGGACUUCAAUACCAACAUUGCCAAACAGUAUAUUGACCACCAGUUUGUCCUACAGUUGCUUGAGCUUUUCGAUUCCGAAGAUCCUCGGGAGCGUGACUUCUUGAAGACUACCCUCCACCGCAUAUACGGAAAAUUCCUUAACCUCCGGUCCUAUAUCCGGCGCUCUAUCAACAACGUCUUUUUCCAAUUUAUCUAUGAGACUGAGCGCUUUAAUGGGAUUGCCGAGUUAUUGGAGAUUCUAGGAAGCAUUAUCAAUGGGUUCGCCCUACCCUUGAAAGAGGAACAUAAAUUAUUCUUGACAAGGGUUCUUAUUCCGCUUCACAAAGUCAAGAGCUUGAGUAUGUAUCAUCCGCAGUUGGCGUACUGUAUAGUACAGUUUUUGGAGAAAGAUGCGGCAUUGACUGAAGAGGUUGUCCUUGGCUUGUUGAGAUACUGGCCCAAAGUUAAUAGUACGAAGGAGGUCAUGUAUCUAAACGAGGUUGAGGACAUAUUCGAAGUCAUGGAUCCUGCUGAAUUCGCUAAAGUCCAGGAACCGCUCUUUAAUCAAUUGGCCAAGAGCGUUGCUAGUCCACACUUCCAGGUUGCAGAACGAGCUCUUUAUUUCUGGAAUAACGAGUACUUUUGCAAUCUGGUCAGCGAUAAUGUUGAGGUUAUCUUGCCAAUUAUGUUCGCUCCCUUAUACGAGAACUCAAAGGGUCACUGGAAUAGAACCAUACACGGCAUGGUAUAUAAUGCUAUGAAGCUUUUCAUGGAAAUCAACCCAGCUCUUUUCGAGGAGUGCACUGGGAUAUAUGCAGCGGACCAAGAAAGUGCCCCUCAAAGGCAACAAGAAAGGGAGGCUAUCUGGAAGAUGCUUGAGGAUACGGCAGCCAAGAACAAGAAGUCUAGAGAGGGUAGUGGUGCCAGCGAAGACGGUAAACGUUUGUCCUCUAAGGGUUCGCAAGCCGCCAGGAGUGGCUCCCCCAUGCAAAUAGCUGAGGAUGGCGCUGGUGAUAGUGAACGGAAAAUGGUAGCGUUGAACAUUCAUGAAGAGGGAAAGAAAGUGGUAGGUGUCGCUUAGGACCUCCAUAUUUCAGUUUCCCCCCCAUUUGAAGUAAGCGAAAAUGGUGGCAUAGUUGGAGGAAGGCAAGCAUAGCGGAAUAAGGAAGAGCUUUAGUGAACGGCAGAGAGGACGGAGGCAUUACACAUGUUCAAAAUCAUUCAUUUUUCUUUCUUUUCUGAAUCCCCUCCCCUUUUUCUCACUUUUUCCCUUUAUCUCCUAUGGCUAUCAGGUUCUCCUUUACAUUUCAAUUCAUUGUUACAUUUUAUUUCUUACUCUUUUU